UCGGCUACAUAGGGGAUAAAACAAUGUCAGGAUACCGCAGGGUCAACUACUACGAGUUAUGCAGAUUGUGCACGAGCAGCGAAGGAGAUAAAAUUAAUAUUUUUCGUGAUGAGGGUCGCAGGCGACAAUUGCAAACGAAAAUACAGACUUAUUUGCCUAUACAGGUUCUCGAAGGAGAUUCAUUGCCAAAGAUAGUCUGUCACGAAUGUGUAAAGAAGCUGGAGAGUUACAUUGAAUUUAGAGAAACUGUUGUCAGUGCUGAAGGAAUGUUGGAAUCAUACUUUACGUCCUUGCGAUUCUCAGAGGACUUCCUUAAAGAAGGCAAGGUCUAUGUGAAAAGUAACGUGAAAGAAAGACCAUCUAGUCCUCAGGAAGAUCCAUUGAAACUAGAGAAAAUUCCAUCUCCAUCACAAGUUUCAGCUAAUCAGAUAGCUACGACGGAGGAACAGUCCCAACAGCAACAACACCCACAAUCCCUUGUUGUCAGCAAUGUCAAUGGGUCAAAUAUUCAAAUAAUCAGUGGAGUGCAGGCAAGGGUGCAGCAAUACAAAUGUGCUAUGCAGAUGCAACCAGGUGGCGUCGCGGCGGCAGUUCUGGAAGCAACGGCAGAGACACACUACAGCUACCAACAACAGACCUCGCAACCAGUAACGCAACAGCAACAGCCGCAAACCAAUCAAACGCAAAGUCAAUUGCCUCAACAGCAGAAUCAACCACAGACUGCGCAGAUGCAGCAAGUUCAAAAUCAAAUACAGAGCCAAAGUCAAAUAACCCAACAAAUCCAGCCACAGCGUCAAUUGAAUCAGCAACAGACUCAACCGACUCAAAUAAAUCAACAACAAAAUCCUUCGCAGCAGAUAGGACAGCAACAACCACAAGCACAGAUCACACAGCAGAUACAACAACUGCAACGACAGCAUCGCGAGUUCGAGAAACAACAACGGCAACUGCAACAAAUUGAGAAGCAACAGGUGCAGAUUUCGCAACAGGACGCGCAGCAGCAUCAGCAGCAACAACAGGCGCAGAUAGUCCAACAUCAGAACAACAACGUAAUACUAAAAAGUGAGCCGACCGUGGAACAAAGCCAGCAAGUGAUAAGGAAGGUUCAAGCUGAGUCUCAGGAAAACGAUGCUGGUAACCCAAAUGUGCAAACCUAUACGACUGUCCAAGCAUCCCCAGAGGUUCUGCUAAGUCUAGGCUUCAAGGAAGCUGCUUUGGCUGCCCAAGCCGCCUCGGGAAGAGACGAUAAGGAAUUCAAAGACUAUGUAAAGAACAACUCUGACGACGGCGUCUCCCGCAGUUCCAUUGGUCAGAUAUCCGAAUUCCUCAGGAUACGGACAGUCCCGGAAUCCACGUCUCUUAUUACCGUAAAUCCCCAGGCAAUAUCACAGUCGUCCCGCAAUAUCAUAUGUUGUGAAUGCGGUGAAAACUUCUCCUCGAACAGUCAGCUAAACGGUCACACAUGUACAGCACAGCCACUACUGAGCGAAGUAUCAGACGUAGGCAUUAAGGACGAGAGCGCGCAAACGAACGGCAGUUCCUUCAGCUGCGACGUUUGCGGCAAACCAUUCAAGAGGAAAGAGCAUCUAUUUCAACACCGGAAACUCCACACUGGGGAACGUCCUUAUGUAUGUACAACCUGCGCCAAAGCGUUCAGCCGCAAGGAACACCUGGUGCGACAUUCGGUCUCUCACACCGGGCAGAAGAUGCACGAGUGCGAGAUGUGCGGGAAAAGUUUUUCACGUAAGGAUAAUCUUCACAAGCAUCGCAAAACCCAUGGGGUGUCGGGGCCUUACAUAUGCGAGACGUGUGGCAAAUCCUUUGUUGUAAAACAUUAUUACUUGAUGCAUCUUACCACGCAUGCACCAAGCAUCGUCGGCGGUAUUGGAUGUCAGGAUCCUCUACCUUAUAAGUGUGACAUCUGUAUGAAGGCCUUCUCCGUAAAGCAGUAUCUAACUACUCAUAAACUAAGACACAGGUCUAAGAACAAUAGUAAUCAUGGAAACAAUACGUCAAACGUGCAACAGCAGCAGCAGCUGCAACCGUCGACGACGCCUAACGGAGUCAAUGUUACUUCCAGCAAUGUUACCAAUUCUGCAGCAAAUAUAAAUCCCAGCAAUGGACAGAGUGGUACAUCGGUCGUGGAAAUACAAAGUGUCAUUGAAAGAAAUGAUCAGACGAAUAAUGGGGCAUUCACAAGUAACCAGUAUCACGGGAAUGUGCAGCAGUUUCAAUGAGAUAAGGGGAAGCGUGUCUAUUACGUUCUCUUGCCAAAUGGCAACAAUCACAAGAUAGUUGUCGUAUAGACAAGAGAUGUAUUAGAGCGCGUCCUAAUAAUCGUGAUGACAUUUGUCGUUAACUUUUCCUCUGUCGUCGCAGAUCGAUUGGUGUCAAUUAUUUCUUUAUCGCCUGACCCGAUCAAUCUUGGUUCUCAAUCCAUUUCCGACGACAGUGGCGACAACGUCACCAACUUUUAUGAAAUAUUCCAUAUAUUUUAUUUCCAAUUAAUUCGUCACCUUUUGUAUACUCGUUUCAUUUGCUUAAUUUUCAAAGAUUUGGUACAGCACCGAACCAAAAUGGCGGAUCACUUUGAGCUAAUUGAAACGGUUAGAUGUGCCAUUCAGGUUAUUCGUUCUCCAGUGGCUUAAGAGACUGACGUACUACACAGAGCGAUGUAUAUAUAUUUUAUCAGAAAAAGUAUUAUCCGCUGUAAGUUAAGUUUUGCGAGGAUAUCCUAGUGGACGUUUUAUCUGAUAAUUCGUACCUUCUGCCCGGGAGAUACGGAGGAAGAAGAAAACAAAGGAAGCUGAUAAAAGGAUAAAUUAUGAAUUAACUAGUGGACGAUAUUAGGCGUAGAAGUUACAUGCGUAUCAUGUGUGAAUGAUCGUGCUUGAGGGAUAGAGUGUGUCCAAAAUUAACGUAGAACUUUAUCUAAUAGUUGAGCAUCUUGAUUUACGUCUUAGUUAAACCAAUCAUUUAUAUACUCAACUAUACGAUAACAGCUUCUGCCAUCUAAAAUGUCGAAUACCGAAUACACCAUGUAUGUCGCCGGCCGUGACAACCUAUUUUUUCAAAAAAUUUCCCGCGGUGGCAAAAUUUUCAUAUUUUGUAUAUUUGGUAUUCGGUGUUCCAUCUCGAAGUCGACAUAAGUUAUAAAUCGGAGGUCAUGGACGUUUUAAUAAUUGACUCCUACUCUCUUUCUGAAUGACGGAUGUUGUCAUAUUAUGGAGGAUGUCACCUCCAUAUUGCAGAAACUUUUAUAAUUCGAGAGUCACGGAAUUAAUGGCCGGUCCUGUCUCUAGAUAUUCUGUCAAAUUUGUUGUCAAACAAAAAAAAAAGAAGAAACAAGGCGGAACAACAAAGCUGUGCAAUAACACGGUAGCCUCUCGCGCAUCUAGAAAGUCAAUUAGGAGCGUCCCAACGCCUAGCGUCUUUGUACGAUCAACCAUCAUCGUCCUCGUGGAUGCUGACGAGUGAGGGAAAUUGAAAUUUUUUAAAAAUGAAAUGGCUGUGUGCCAAUCCGUGACUCGUCGAGGAGCACCGUACUAUAUAGAAGAACCUUAUACGUUUCUUAGGUAUCAGACAGAAUUUUAAGACCAAAGAAUAUUAUAUUGUGUAUAAAAAAAAAGAAAGAUGGAGGAUGAAGUAAGAGAACUAUGGAAGAAUCGUAUGUCUAACUAUCUAAUAGACAAAAAUCUAGAUACCAUAUGUAACUGUAAUGAUAAUUCUCUGAGACUCGAUUAUAUUAGAUGCUUAGACCGUGCCAUCGACCAAACGGGACUUUACAAUAAUCCUUAUCUUCAUAGAGAAUCAUUGUAGAUUGUUAUAGUGGGUCCCAUUAUUAUUAUUAAGUUUCAAACAUAUUCUCACAGAGAUCGUACUAUGUGAUUAUCGCGUUUAUUUACACAUUAUUGUUUAACGAACAAUUAACAGUAGAUUCGACCAAGGGAUUCGUGUAGUGUUUCUUUGCUGUCUCUUUCUUUAACUUUAAUUUUUUUUCACAUUUUGAUAUAUUUACAAGCGAUAAACAAUAUUUAGACGAGUCAUAGAUUUUAAUGGAGAUAGUUUAUUUAAAUAUUUGGAAUUAGAGCUUUAAAAUGCUAUUGUACACUCCUAUGGAUUAAAAGCCACUUUUUUUGUACUGCAAACAAUUUUCUUUUCUGACGAAUAGACGGAAAUAAAAAAAAAAUAUUAUAACACGAUGAUUUUUAAAACUCACACGAAUCCAUUGCAAAAGCGUAGAAAUUAAUAUAUGGCCUACAUUGAAAAUAAUAAGAGAAUAAAACAAGGAAUAAAAUAGCAUUCGAUUCAACGUCUUACGUUUAAACGAGAAAACAAUUGUUUUAUUCUCUGUUAGAAAUUUUUAAUACUUGCACAGCAGAAUCAUAUACAUUAAUACAGAGAAAUGGCUACCUCCAAAGGUGGUUAUUUUGUUUUUAUAUUGUAUCAGGAAAAUAAGAUAUAAAAUGGUCAUACGUUAAAUAUAAAGAAUCCUGUGUCUCCUGUAUAGUAUGCUGUAAAUCUCUAAUGACUACAAUAAUAGUGAUGAUUUUUAAA